AUGGCGCUGUCUACAGGUUUGGCGACUAUCGAGGACAUAAUGGACUACAUUGAUUCAACUGAAAAUGACGAUGGAAACGACGGCUCGCUGCUCUACAAGCAUUGCACAGGAUACAAGUACUUCUAUAUGCAUCGGGAUAAUACCGUCUCCCACAAGAUUAGGGCACCUUCUUUGAGAAAAGGUGCGGGGAGAGAGAUGCAGGACAAUGUCUACUGGCUGGGCACUAUUUCGGAACAGUCCUUCGACGAUAUAGAAGUCGAUCCACGGACAAUAGACCGUCCAAAAGCACCCAUAUUUGGAGGACACGAGUUUGACGACGACGAUGACGGGGGUGUCCCCGCAAGAUGCUUCAUCCCUCCCGAUCAACUGAGCGACAGCGAUGACGAGUCUAUUUCCAGCGGCGAAAUUUGGGUUGAAGACGUGCCAUGUAUAGACGACGCAGAGUUUGAGGCCCUUCUACACUCUUCUCCCCAAUUAGCCACUGCCGACGUGAUCUCCAGUAACGUGAUGCCACAGGCCGGUGCCGAGGACGACAGUUGGAUUGCCGACGAGAGACCUGUAGAGGAUUCUUCCUUCUCGUUCUCAUCCCUGAAAAAUUCUGAGAGUGAAGUCAGCGAGAAUGAUCGAAUUUAUCGCAUCAUUCACAAGGGUAAUCGUCGAGUGACGAUUGGAAAUAUCCCACACGAUCCCGACAUAAAUUUGUCCCUAUGGGUCAGCAUUUACGAGAGCCUCCUGCAAGAGCUUGGCUACACUCCCAAUGACUUCCGUAAAGGGCACUUGUUGAACAACAUGCCUUUUAUUAGAGGCAAAUCUGAAAUGCGUCCGGAUUCAGGGCACUCGAGGUGCCCUCCUGGCAAGGUCGUGCUCACUGGCGUAUCCCAAACUGAAAGAACAGGGUUCACCAACCGCACCUCGCAACCGUUGGGCGCGGCAAACCAGAGAGGCGUGGUAUUCAAAUCCAGGUCAAUGAGUCGAGACCGUGGUAUCACAGGGGCGAAGAGGGAACCCUUGCGUGUCCAACUUCUCUCUGGCAGCAUCCUCAACCGCGCAAUCGAAUGGAGCCUCGAGUUGCCACCGUCGGCAUUUCCCCUUCUUUCCAAACUCGAUCAUCAUUACCACGAGGCAUCGGCUGCACAGGAACCAGUCCUGGGCGCUCGCAACGAGAGAGGUGGGACGUCGCUCCCGCGAUCAGGACGCGAUGAUCGUACGUGCGAUGUCGAGGAGCGCACGAUAGGCGAUAGCGUGAUCGUCCAACGACCCGCCUUGCCACUGGGAACGCUAAUGAUGCUCAAUAGCCAUCGCCUGGGCGGCUGCGAGCUGAGGGCGAUGGAGAGUAUUUAUGAAGUCGAGCGCCUCUGA